AUUGACCAGACUAUCCUCCCCAGCUGUAUAGCCGAUCUUCCUUCGGUCUCCAUCUGGAAGCGCUGUUUUGAUGAAUCAUGAGAUGCAGUAGAGAGAGAAGACGAGAAUAACAAUCAUAAUACGAGGGAGAGAGAGAGAGAGAGAGAGAGGCAGAUCAGACAUAGUAGAGAGAGAUUGAGAGACAGCAAUGGGGGCCUUUACAAAUCUGGACGAUUCUCCGAUGUUUCAGAAGCAGAUACAUAGUUUGGAGCAGAAUACCGAGGAGCUAAAAGAACGCUGUCAAAGGCUGUAUAAAGGGUGCAAAAAAUAUAUGGAUGUUUUGGGAGAAGCAUGUAGUGGAGACAUCAUGUUGGCAGACUCUUUAGAAGAUUUUGGCGGUGGCAAAGAUGACCCUGUCAGUGUCUCUAUAGGAGGUCCUGUGAUGUCCAAGUUCAUUGCUACAUUUCGUGAGCUUGCUACUUAUAAGGAGCUUCUUCGUUCACAAGUAGAGCAUGUUCUGAUUGAUCGUCUGACAGAAUUUUUGUCUGUUGAUCUGCAAGAUGCAAAGGAUUCCCGACAACGAUUUGACAAAGCUAUAAAUGCUUAUGAUCAGGCCCGAGAAAAAUUUGUUUCUUUGAAGAAGAGUACGCGAGAAGACAUUGUUGCUGAACAAGAAGAGGAUCUGCACAAUUCAAAGUCUGCAUUUGAGAGACGCCGCUUCAAUCUAGUGAAUGCUCUCAUGAAUGUCGAGGCCAAAAAGAAAUAUGAGUUUUUGGCGUCCUUUAGUGCAAUAAUGGAUGCCCACCUCAGAUAUUUUAAGUUGGGAUUUGACUUGCUUAGUGAAUUAGAGCCAUUUAUUCACCAGGCCCCAGUUUGGUUCAGAAAAGUAGUUCACAUGUCUACGUGGGCUGUUACUCCAAAACAGGUGUUGACAUAUGCGCAACAAUCUAAAGAACUUGCCAAUGUUGAAAAAGAUAAUCUUGCAAAGAGAAUACAGGAGUUCAGAACUCAAACAGAGUUGGAUCAGUUUCUAGCUUCUGGCAAUGUUGAGGUGUCAACAAGUGCCAUUGGUAUAAAUGGUGUUGGCAUGAGUUCUAACAAAGAUAUUGAAGCAAUUAUGCAGUCAACUGCAAAAGGGGAGGUCCAGACAAUUAAGCAAGGAUAUCUCUUAAAACGUUCGUCCAGCUUGAGGGCUGAUUGGAAGAGGCGAUUCUUUGUCCUCGACAGUCAUGGAACUUUGUAUUAUCAUAUAAAUAAGGGUAGCAAACCUGCGGCUUCUCCAUCAAUGCAUUCUCUCAGUUCAAUGGAGCAUAAUAGUCGUGUUUUUGGAAGAUUUCGUUUGAGACACCAUAGGGCAUUGUCACUUGGUGAGGAAACCUUGGGUUGUCGAACCGUUGACCUUCAUACUUCAACAAUAAAGUUUGAUGCAGAGGAUGCAGAUCUCCGUCUUUGCUUCAGAAUAAUUUCCCCCUCAAAGACUUACACAUUGCAGGCUGAAAAUGAAGCUGAAAGGAUCGACUGGAUGAACAAAAUAACAGGAGUUAUUGCAUCACUUUUGAAUUCUCACUUGCGACAGCUUCCUCCUGUGAGAACUGGCAUGGAAAAUAAGAAUAAUAGUGGUGGUUUUCCUUUUGAUGUUCAAUCAUUUGAUCAGCGUGAACCAAGUCCUGAUGUGAUGAAAGGGAAUGAAGUGGCUUGUGCAUCUAGGAUUCUCAGAGAAAUUCCUGGAAAUGACAUUUGUGCAGAUUGCAGUGCUCCAGAACCUGAUUGGGCAUCUCUAAAUCUUGGCAUUUUGAUCUGCAUUGAAUGCUCUGGUGUUCACCGUAACCUUGGUGUUCAUAUCUCAAAGGUGAGGUCUAUAACAUUAGAUGUCAAGGUUUGGGAACCUACCAUCUUGGAUCUAUUUCAGAUUUUGGGCAAUGCUUAUUGUAAUUCUAUAUGGGAGGAGUUGCUGCUACUUCAGAAUAAUACAACAAAUGAAUCAAAUGCUUUAUUACCAGUUACAAAACCGAAUCCGAAAGAAGCUUUUCACCAAAAGGAGAAAUACAUUCAAGCUAAGUAUGUAAAUAAGUUGCUAAUCAAUAAAGCAGCAACUGGAUGUGGAAUUCCUUCUCAAGCCGCUAGCAUCUGGGAAGCAGUUAAGACAAACAAUGUGCGGGAAGUGUAUCGCCUCAUUGUGUCAUCAGACGAGAAUAUAACCAACAUCACUUAUGAUGAACUGACUGAUGCCAGUUUACGUCAUGAUGAUGAUGAUGACUCUCUGAAUGGCUCUCACCAUGUGGAAAAUAAGCAACAUGAUCCAUUGGCCUGCAAGAAAAUUAAUGAUUCCAGCAAGCCAGAAAGUUGUCUUCAAGGAUGUUCCCUACUGCAUCUAGCAUGUCACUUGGGCAAUCCGGUGAUGGUUGAACUGUUGCUGCAAUUUGGGGCCAAUAUGAACAGGCCUGACUACCACGGAAGAACUCCUCUGCACCAUUGCAUUGCUAAAAGAAACUACCAAUUGGCCAAGUUUCUCCUUAGGAGAGGUGCACGUACAUUAAUUAAAGAUGGCGGGGGACUAAUCCCACUUGAAAGGGCUAUGGAGAUGGGAGCAAUAACCGACGAGGAGCUCUUCAUAUUGCUUGCCGACUGCAAGUAAAAGGGGCAAGGAGUCCAGGACUAAGUCUGUAAGUCUAUUUGAAUCUAAUUUGGCUACUGUUUUCGGUUGGCUGUGUGUGCCCAUCAAAGUUGAGGCCUCAACUUGAUCCCCAGCUUGAACAAAGUCUGGUAUUUCUGUUCCCCUUCUCUUCUUCUUUUUCUCUUUCUUUCUGUGAACCACUAAAUGUGUUUCAUUUUCUCAUCAUGAAUAUUUAUGUGAGGGGCUUCAAAGCUGUUCUCUGUACCAUUGAUAGUAGCGUUGGUUUUACAUUUAUGUCAUUUGUUCAUUGGUACCCCCGCCCCCCUGAUAACAACAAUCACAAGUUUUAAUCUCGUUAGUUGAAGAGAUUUCUAACUCUAGUUUCAUGAUGAAUUGUCAUUUUGACCCUAAAUGCUUGGAACUUUACCAUCUAUAUAUAUAGAAAGGGAAAGAAAAGGAUUGAUGUGUUAUCAA